AUGUCGGUGGGCGGAGCCGGGAGGGUCGUCAGGGAAAUGGGACACACCUUGGCUCAGACGGUUGCCGGGUGCCGUAUCGCCAUGGUGAUGAUGCAGUACAGCGUCAUCGCCAACAACUAUUGGCUGCUGGUGGAAGGCAUCUACCUGCACAGCCUCCUGGUCGUCACUGUGUUCACUGAGAGGAACUACUUCGGCAUCUACCUGUUUAUCGGCUGGGGUGCUCCUCUGAUAUUCGUGUUGCCGUGGGUGAUAGUCAAAUACCUGUACGAGAAUGAAGAGUGCUGGGAGAGGAACAUCAACAUGGGUUACUGGUGGAUUAUACGUUCUCCCAUCCUGUUAGCUUACCUGAUGAAUUUCUUUAUCUUCAUCCGGAUUAUAAAGAUCCUCGUGACUCAGGCCCAUCAGAUGAGAUACACAGAUUACAAGUUCAGGCUGGCUAAAUCCACUCUGACCCUCAUCCCUCUGCUGGGUAUUCACGCCAUCCUCUUCACCUUAGUCAUCGAUGAGUCCGUCCCCAAAGGUUCCAAGAUGCGUCUCAUCCGCCUCUUCCUCGACCUCCUCUUCAACUCCUUCCAGGGCCUACUGGUGGCCAUCUUGUAUUGUUUCGUCAACAAAGAGGUCCAGUCUGAGAUGUUGAAAAAGUGGAAGAGGUGGAAGCUGGGUAAAGACAUCGAGGAAGAGUACCGUCAUACAUACAGCCACGCGCCUCAUGUCAAAAGCGGCAGCAUCGUCACCGGCAACCUGGCCAGUGUCCAAGACAACAGCAGCGACCAUAAAGACUCACAGUUGACCCCCAACCCCGACUACGACCCAGAUCCUAACCCUGCCUCAACCUCCAUCACCCCAAUGAGAGCAGUAGAUUGGUGGGGUCCUGCCACCACAGGACGGAUAAAACAAAGACUCAAUCCUCCCUGCAGUGUCCUCCACACCACAUGGUGGCACUAA